GUUGUCUGAGUGUGUUCAUGAUAGGUAGUUGGAAUGUGGCUCCUGGUUCCUUGAUGUUGUAUGGCCAUGCUGAAGCGGGGGCGCAAACGUAGCUACAAGCCGUAUUCCAUCAGUUUGAGGGCUAAGAACGUGGACGGUAAAGGCAAAGGGCGACUGGAUGUGUGGCUCAAACAGCUGUCCAUCCUACAGGAGCAGCCUCGGAAGGAUGGCGGUGACGCCACCCUCUCCUCUUCACCCACGUAUUCCUCCUCAUCCUCAUCCAUGUUCACUCCAUCCUCCGCCGGACUCCAGGACCCAUCUCUGUCCUGCCCGGGAACACCGAGCCCCCAGCACUUCAAGUUGCCACCGGGCGCCCCGACCUCCACCGCCACCCUGAGGCGGCCGACCACCCUGAGCCGACAUGCCAGCGCUGCAGGUUUGACUCUCCAGUCAUGGGUAUUCACCAAAGGCCAGGCUAAAGGAGCCAUGACACCAACGACGCCGUCAUCUGAAGGUCCCGAGCCCGCCGCCAUCGAGGUGGAGGACAUCCCGGCCCUGCUCAGGGACGUGGCGCGCUUUGCCGAAGCUGUGGAGAAGCUGAAGGACGUGGUGGUGCUGGCUGAAGGUACGGAGAAUCAGCGGCCCGUCGCCCACGAGUGCUUGGGGGAGGUUCUACGCGUGUUGCGGCAGGUCAUCAAUACGUACCCCUUCCUCAACACGGUGGAGAUCCUCACCGCCGCUGGGAAACUCAUAGCCAAAGUCAAAGGCUUCCACUACGAGGCGUGCAAUGACUCGGACAAAAAGGACUUUGAGAAAGCCAUUGAGACCAUCGCGGUGGCCUUCAGCAGCAAUGUGUCUGAGCUGCUGAUGGGCGAGGUGGACAGCAGCACGCUACUCUCAUUGUUGCCCACGGAGAAGAGCCGGUCCAUGGAGAACUUGUAUGGUGCUGCAGGUCAGGACAGCGGUCAGCUGGGGAGCAACUCAGACGACAUGGGCAACCUCGAGGCGGCGGACGUGAUCUUGCAGCGAAGUGAGGGCGGCGUUGACUCCGCUCUGCAGUACGCCAAAACCAUCGCCAAGUACAUGAAGGAUCUCAUCAGUUACGUGGAGAAGAGAACCUCACUGGAGAUGGAAUUCUCCAAAGGUCUUCAGAGAUUAUACCAGUCCUGCAAACACAGCAUAACACACCCCCACAUGCCCCUCUUCUCCAUCUAUUCUCUCGCUUUGGAGCAGGACCAGGAACAGAGCGUCGGCCUCCAGCAGGCCAGCGCCACCCUGCACAACCAGACUUUUAUCCAGCCGCUGGUGCUGCGCAAGCAAGAGCAUGAGAAGCGUCGGAAGGAAAUCAAGGAUCACUGGGUCCGAGCAAAGAGAAAACUGAUGGACUGCGAGGCCAACCUGCGCAAGGCCAAGCAAGCCUACAUGGCGCGCUGCGAGGACUACAAGGCCAAAGCGGCCGCCAGCCGAGCCGAGGAGGAGGGGGCGGGAGCCACCGCCAAGUCCUUGGACAAGAAGAAGCGGUUGGAGGAAGAGGCUCGCAACAAGGCGGAUGAGGCGGAGGCAACGUACAGAACGUGCAUCGCCGACGCCACGGUUCAGAUGAUGGAGCUGGAGCACACCAAAGUCACGGUGCUGAGGCAGCUGCAGGACCUCAUCAAACAGAGCGACCAGACACUGCGCUCGGCCACCAUCUCGUACUACCAGUCUAUGCACAUGCAGACGGUGGCGCUACCCGUCUGUUACCAGACUUUGUGCGAGAGCAGCAAGCUGUACGACCCGGGCCAACAGUACACCGCCCACGUGCGAGACUUGCAGCUGCCGGACCAACCCGCCGUCUGCUACGCGUUCGAGCCCUUCACCCCUUCCGGCGCGGCGUCGCACACCGUCCUCAGAACGAGAAACGACAGCUUUGACGCAGAGCAGACGAGCCAGGCAGACAACCCCGCCGCAGGAGUGGAAACGGACAGUCAUCCCAGGCAGGGUCACAAGUCGUGGGGCUCCACAGUGAGUGAUGACAGCGUGGGAGCAGACGGCACCCUGGAGUCUCCAAUCGCCAGCACAAGUGCGCCAAUCACAGUUUUUGCAGCCGACAUCAGCAAAAUUACCCGGACGUCAUCCACCGGAACAGUCUCGUCCGCAGAGGAGACGGAUGAAAAAGAUGGCAAUGUGGCCUCAUUUGAGACGCCAAGCAUGAACGGCAUGGACCCCGACGUAGUGGUCUCCACCAGACCUUUCCGCAACGUGGGCUUGUCCAAAGCCGCCCAAACGCACCGCCUGAGGAAGCUGCGCACUCCAGCUAAGUGCCGGGAGUGCGACAGCUACGUGUACUUCCAGGGCGCCGAGUGCGAAGAGUGUUUCCUGGCUUGUCACAAACGCUGCCUGGAGACGCUGGCCAUCCAAUGCGGCCACAAGAAGCUGCGGGGCCGUCUGCAGCUCUUCGGGAGGGAAUUCUCUCAGGUGGCCAGCUGCGCCAGCGACGGCAUCCCUUUCAUCAUCACCAAGUGCAUCUCUGAGAUCGAGAGGCGGGCGCUGAAGAUGAAGGGCAUCUACCGGGUGAACGGCGUGAAGACGCGCGUGGAGAAGCUGUGUCAGGCCUUCGAAAACGGCAAGGAACUCGUGGAGCUGUCGCAGUGUUCUCCGCACGACAUCAGCAACGUGCUCAAGCUCUACCUGCGACAAUUGCCAGAACCCAUCCUGCCGUUCCACAUUUACAACAAUCUGGUGGGUUUGGCCAAGGAGAGUGUGCAGGCCGACGCUGAGCCCGAUGAGCCCGGCGGCCCCCCCGCAGUGGGCAGGGGGGCUCAGCUGGUGGACCUGGGCCCCGAAACUGAGCCGGAGACAUUGGUGCUGGUCGACAAGCUGAGGGAGCUUCUGAAGGAGCUGCCCAAAGCCAACAUGGCCACCCUGCGAUACCUGAUUCGCCAUCUUCGGCGGAUCACCGAGCUGGAGGAGGAGAACAAGAUGAGUCCCAAUAAUUUGGGGAUCGUGUUCGGGCCGUCGCUGAUGCGUCCUCGUCCCACGGGGGCGACCAUUUCGCUCUCGUCUUUGGUGGACUACCCCCACCAGGCCCGUGUGGUGGAGGCCCUCAUCGUCUUCUACGCCUCCAUCUUUCAAUCGAAGAGCUCCCACUGCCACAAGACCUGCCGCUCUGCCUCCACCUCCGCUCGCCUGGUCGAGGAUGUAACCAGCAGUUCUGCUGACGGCGAGGAGGACACAGGCCCGCACAGAAAGAGCAAAUCAGAGUCAGACAAAAUGGACGAAGGCUGCGGCUCAAUGGGCUCCAGCGAGCAGCUCCCCGACUCGGACUCGGAGCAGGAUGAGAGCGCCAAGGCAGGAGGCGCGGAGGUGGCCGAUGAAGACGAGCAGUUGAACUACCAGGACAGCCUGGAGCUGGACGGGACUCCGCCCCAGCCCAACGAUGACGCAAACUGUGUCGAGGGCAGUCUGAUCGCAUCUCUGGCCGAGCUGAACGUCAACCAGUCCAACAAUUACUACUACUGCUCACCAUCGCGUGGUUCCAGAGUCCUGCUAGAACACCUGCGUAGCAAGAAGAUGGCACUCAGCAGAAACCGAGCAAAAGGGCCCGAAUUUGUCUAAUGAUCACUUUAAUGCUCUUUGAUGGUUCGCUUCUUCCCAGCUUUUGGCAGCGCUCAGCUUUUCUUACUGGACUUAAUUGGCAUACAGUCCCAAGUGUUUUUAUUGCCUUCAUUCAAAGUGCUGCUGGU